AUGAAGAUUUUGACAAUAUUCGCUGUUCUCGCCUUCACCACGGCAAGUACGGCUUCGGCGUUUUGGCGAGAGCUCACCCGAAAAUUUUUCCAUCGACUGAGUCCACAGGAAGCCACCGUUUCGAAUCACUUGAUGCUCAUGCUCCAAUACAUCAAUCUCAAUCAGCGUCCAUUUUUCAACACCUUAUUCAGAACCGAUGCGAAAAAUGCGUUCCCGAAUCACAUUACUCCGGACCAAUUCUUCAAUUUUGCCUACACCAAUAAAGCUUUUCGUGACGCUUUGAAGGUGAAAGUCGUGUCGGGACCCCGCAAAAUCUCAUCGCAACAAAUGGAAUUCGUUUACGAGACGACGUACUGCGACAUUGGGCUCAAAUCGUGCACGAAGAAGCGCUUCAAAAGAAAGGCGAUCAUCUCACCGAAAAGCGACAGCAAAUCAGGAUGGGGAUUUGAUUCUCUUCGGCCGGCAUAA